GUCGCGUACAACUAGUCUUAUGCCGAUAGGUUUGAUGCUUAAAAUUCUUCUGUGAUGUAUAAAAGAAAUAAAAUACUGAUCUUUCGAGGAUUCGAUAGACAAAACCCCUUCACAAGAAGAAUCCCUGACAAGCCCAUCUAGAACUCUAUUUUGGGAACGGCAUUCCUUAAAUCACUUGCAAAAUGGCUUCAACAGUUCGAUAUUACGCGAAACCUAGUGAUGCUGAGACUUUCUGCAAAGCUGCUCUGGUGAAAUCCGGGCUCUCAGAAGCCGAUGCGGGCAUGAUGGCCAGUUGCUUGGUGGAAGCAGAUGUUCGGGGUGUUGACACCCACGGUCUUGCGCGUCUUGAGCAGUACAUUGGAAGAGUUACGGCUGGACUUGUUAAUGCGACGCCGAAACUUGAAAUCUCAGCAAAGACGCCCGUGGUAGCACAUCUUGAUGGCGACAAUGGUUUCGGAUUUGUCGUCGCUACCAAAGCUAUGGAAGAGGCUAUUAAACGAGCAGAUACAUACGGCAUUGGCUUCGUCACUGUCGAUCACUCCAAUCACUUCGGCAUGGCUGCUACUUACGUCCUGCAAGCGCUUCGCAAAGGCAUGAUUUCGCUUUGCUUUACCAACUCAGCAAAGCAAAUGCCACCAUUUGGCGGAAAAGACACCCUCUUGGGCAUUUCUCCCUUCGCUGCUGGGGCACCCUCCAACAACGAGGUUCCAUACAUCCUUGAUAUGGCUCCAUCCGUCGUGGCCAAGGGAAAGAUCAGGAGGGCUGCUCGACGUGGUGAGUCUAUCCCUCUUGGAUGGGCGUUAGACAAGGACGGUAACCCAACAACGGAUGCGAAUGUUGCGCUUGAUGGCAGCAUGGCACCAAUUGGUGGACCCAAGGGCUCUGGAAUCGCAAUCCUUAUGGAUAUUAUGGCUGGAGUCUUGACGGGCGCUGCCUUCGGGGGCGAAGUCGGUGAUCAAUACAAAGAGAAGAGACCACAAAAUGUCGGCCACUCAUUCAUCGUGAUCAAACCAGACGUCUUCAUGAGUUCAGAAGAAUUCAGAGCGCGGAUGGACACGCUCGCGCAGAGAGUGCACGGGAUUGCGCCUGCCCCUGGUUUCAAGGAGGUUCUUUUCCCAGGCGAGCCUGAACACAGGCUAUCGGAAACGCGCAAGGCAGAAGGUAUCCCCUACGCGGAUGCAGAAAAGGAAAUGUUCGAGAACAUGGCUAAAACACUUGGGAUCCCUGGGCUGUCGUUAACCCCAACUCCUCUGAACUCGUAG